AUGGGUGGCGUUAUAUCAUCAGCAAGAGAUUCAUUGAAUGCUGGCACCGAUGAAGCGGCCAAAAUGGCCAGGGAAAAUCUGAAACAGAUGGAAGAAACAGCUAAAUUAAUCAACCAUGGAUUUCAUCUCGAAAUAGUGGACAAAUUGAAGAAUCCCAAUGAAACACGAGGAUGGCAAGUCGUUGGAGGUCGACAAGAUCGCGAAAGUGAGUUUAUUGGUAUUGCAACUUCAAAGACUCCUGCCUCAGAUAUUACGGCGGGAGUUCAAAAUUUGAUCAAAGGAUUAUUUGAUGUCAAUAAGAGCGAUGGAAGUGCAGAAGGCAAUGAAAGAGCUAAACAAUUUCAAGACUCGGUGAUUCACAUAGCCCAGGGUGCAUUUAAUGUGUUCUUGGGCAAUUCAGCUGCUGGAUCUUCGACUCUACGUAAGUUUCUUAUUGUUCCACAUGGUCUAGCUUUCUACCGGGUUGACAUCGGUAUGUACAAAUAUACUUUGGAAUCCACCGGUUUUGUCACCUAUUAUGAAAGCAUAACAAUCGUGUAUGCAUCUCGAGCAAUCUUAGAUGUCACAGAUUUACAUCCUGGGGAACUUCUCGCAUAUGCCGCUGACAUUAACGGUGACGAUGAGCAAAAGAUAGAACAAUGGGUAACUCACUUCAAGAAACUCUAUCGACUUAUGAAGGAACUCCGCAACGAAGCAGCUGUGGAUACACCAGUUUUUCCAAAUCGUGGUCUUCCUCUACCUCCAACGCCAUUUGAAGACACAGAGUAA